AUGGGUUGUGCAGCAGGGACCUUUGUGGAUGGAGAGCGGCUGGAGAAGUCUGCCAUGGCACCAGUGGUUCCUGGCAAAAGUGUCAUCACCAUCGGACGCUGCCUGAAUGAGUACACCCUUAUACUUGAGGCUGCUGAGCAUGGCGCAAAGAAAGCUGGCACUCCCCUCGAGUCCUACCAGCAGCGCCGCAAUAGCAGCCUCGAAGCUGGGCCGCGCGAGAGGCACACGGGGGAUCGACCCCGGCAGGACUCCCCACCGCAGAAAACCCAUCGUGGUCACAGGGAUGAGCAAGAAAUGGCAGCGGCGCAUAGGCAGCGUGAGACGAGCAGGGGCCAUGCAGAUAGGCCCAGAGAGUAUCUGCCCUCUAAGAGAGAAGCUCCCAGGGGAGACUACAGGGCGCCGGGUCACAGGGAUUACCACAGGGGCGGUGGGCGCGGCAGGGAUGGAUUCUCACACCGCAACUCUCCGCCCGGCCGUGAAAGGGACAGCGGCAGAAGGUUUGAUGCCCAAGGGAACAGCAGAGACCAUCGUGGCGCCAGCGGCUACAGGCGAUCAGACGAGCCAGACAGGCACGGCCACAGGCGCAGCGGACGGCGGUCCAGAUCGCCAGAGGCACAGCGCAAGAGGAGGAGUGCCGAGUCGGAGGGCGACGCCGAGCGCCGCGCGGCCGAGGAGCGGCGGCAGAAGCGAAAGACCGCAUUCAAUGAUGCGCCUGCAGGGACAGCUGCAGCCGGGCUGCAGCAGACUCCCGCUCAGAUUGUGAUGGGGAUGAUGGGCCCUGGGGGCGUCCCGCUGCCGACUGGGAUGCUGAACGCGGAGCAGAAGAAGAAGCUGCUCUGGGGAAAGAAGGCUGAGGAGGUCCAGACAGUUCCGGUGACUGAGGCUUUUGGUGCCAACCGAUGGGACACCGCUGAGUUUUCAAAUGAGGGCGACAAGGAGAAGUUUAUCAAGCUCAUGGGUGUGAAAAGGGUGCCGACAGUGCCCACUGCAGCAAUGGCACAGGCUCAACCAGCUUCACCAACAGAGCGAGAAGCCCUCACAAGAGAGCGGCAGGACAAGCUUUUACAUAAUGUGGAGGCACAGUUCAUGGCUGGGCUCAGGAGGGCGGACGGGCGCACUGUUGGGCUUGGCCUCUGA